AUGUCGUUUCCCAACGAGGUGGGGUUUAGCUUUCGCAUCGUUUCGCCUCCUCCCAGCCUCACCGGCUCGGUUCCUCUGGGAACAGCUGGCACAACGGCUGGCCGUCAGAUACUCGCUGCCUUUGAAUCUGGCAGCAUCGGGCAACCAUACCCUCGACAACUUUCCAAAUUUGAACACCAGCCGGAAAACCUAGCAGCCAUUCCCCCGAGCCACCACCAUGGAGGUGGCGAUGGUGAGUGCGGUUCUUACACCGACCUGCUGCCACAGGACGACGGCGGCGGGGGCUACAGCUCGGUCCGCUACAGUGACUGCUGCGAACGCGUGGUGAUCAACGUGUCCGGACUGCGGUUCGAGACCCAGAUGAAGACUCUGGCCCAGUUUCCGGAGACUCUGCUGGGCGACCCCGAGAAGAGGACUCAAUACUUCGACCCUUUGCGCAACGAGUACUUUUUCGACAGGAACCGACCCAGCUUCGAUGCUAUCUUGUAUUAUUACCAAUCCGGAGGCCGCCUGAAGAGGCCGGUCAAUGUCCCCUGUGACAUCUUCACCGAGGAGGUGAAGUUCUACCAGCUGGGAGAGGAGGCCCUGCUCAAGUUCCGGGAGGAUGAAGGCUUCGUGCGGGAGGAGGAGGACAGGGCCCUGCCGGAGAACGAGUUCAAAAAGCAGAUUUGGCUGCUCUUCGAAUACCCGGAGAGCUCCAGUCCCGCCAGGGGCAUCGCCAUCGUGUCCGUCCUGGUCAUCUUAAUCUCCAUCGUCAUCUUUUGCCUGGAAACCUUGCCCGAGUUCCGGGACGACAGGGAUCUGGUGAUGGCGCUGAGCACCGGCGGGCAUGGUGGGUUUUCCAAUGACACCUCGGCCCCCCACCCGGAGAGCUCGGGGCACACGAUAUUCAACGACCCCUUCUUCAUCGUGGAGACAGUCUGUAUCGUGUGGUUCUCCUUCGAGUUUGUGGUUCGCUGCUUUGCUUGUCCCAGCCAAGCACUCUUCUUCAAAAACAUCAUGAACACCAUUGACAUCGUCUCCAUUUUGCCUUACUUCAUCACCCUGGGCACCGACCUGGCCCAGCAGCAGGGGGGCGGCAACGGCCAGCAGCAGCAGGCCAUGUCCUUCGCCAUCCUCAGGAUCAUCCGCCUGGUCCGGGUCUUCCGCAUCUUCAAGCUCUCCAGGCAUUCCAAAGGCCUGCAGAUCCUGGGGCACACGCUCCGAGCCAGCAUGCGCGAGCUGGGCCUGCUCAUCUUCUUCCUCUUCAUCGGGGUCAUCCUCUUCUCCAGCGCCGUGUACUUCGCAGAGGCGGAUGAGCCCACGACCCAUUUCCAAAGCAUCCCAGAUGCGUUUUGGUGGGCCGUGGUGACCAUGACAACCGUGGGCUACGGGGACAUGAAGCCCAUCACCGUGGGGGGCAAGAUCGUGGGGUCCCUGUGUGCCAUUGCAGGUGUGUUAACCAUCGCUUUGCCAGUGCCAGUGAUUGUCUCUAACUUUAAUUAUUUCUACCACAGAGAGACGGAAAACGAGGAGCAGACGCAGCUGACCCAGAAUGCAGUCAGCUGUCCGUACCUCCCCUCUAAUUUGCUCAAGAAGUUUCGGAGCUCCACUUCUUCCUCCUUGGGGGACAAGUCAGAGUACCUAGAGAUGGAAGAAGGGGUUAAGGAAUCUCUGUGUGCAAAAGAGGAGAAGUGUCAGGGCAAGGGAGACGACAGUGAGACAGACAAAAACAACUGCUCUAACGCGAAGGCGGUGGAGACCGACGUGUGAAUCGCUUUCUUUACCUGCCACUGUCCUGCCCCCUGCCCCCCAGCAUCUCCAAAUAUAUUUACGCAUUGAGAGUGCCGGUCAUGAAAUGAAAUAUGCAAAUGAGUCCAACACAUACAGUAGUACGCCGUUUAAUGGUUAUACCUGGCAUCGUUGUUACUAAACUUGUAUUACAUAUCAAAUACAUGAUACAUCUCGGAGAAGAGGGAGACUUACAUAGGAGCAAAUCUAUCUUUAUAUUUUUUAUUAGAACGAAAGAAUUUUGCACAAUAACCGGAAACGAUGUUAACAGUGAAGAUAAUCCCGCAGAGAAUGUGUGUGUGUGUGUGUGUGUGUGUGUGCGCGCGCGGUGUGUGUAUGUGUAAGUAAAUUGUCAACAUUGUUAGUACUUGUGCAGUGAUGGGAAAAGUUGGCAUUUUGAAGUAUUUACUAUGUAAGAAUUAAUGAAUUUGAGCAGUCAUUUCUCAGUGCUUUAAUAGCAUCUCAUAUGUCUUUGGAUUCUGUAGUUGUUUUUUUAAAAAAAUUGUAAGAAUUACUGUGUAGGAAAAAAAGAAAGUAAAUUAUUUAAUAGAAUAUAGGUCACGAUUUUAUCUUGGAUUUAAUUAAAGUUUAUUUUUAACUGGAAAUUAACUUUUGGGAAGGCUGCAGAGGCCUUUAGAAAUUGAUUAUAUUUUAUUAUUAAUUUGGGGAAGAGGUGAUAGCAACUGCCUAAUAUGGAAGAAAUGAAGUCAGAGGAAAUGUAACAAGGUUUGCUCACAGGUAACAGGACUGGAAUGUUUUUUUUUUUUUUUUUCCUUUGCACUACUUUGUAUGCUGGAGAUUGAGAGACUUCAUACUGUGAAUGUUUACUAGUGUAACAGUUCAAUGACAAUCAUUGGAAGAAUGAUUUCUUAGUCUGAUUUUAUUGUUCUCUUCUUUUUUUGUGUGAGACUCUAAUGACCAUGCAGAUAACAACACACGAUUCUCUCCUCUUAAAAUCUAAAUAACCAGUCUACAAAGACAGUAUGAAGAAGUAAAAUUUAGCGAUGGAAUCUUUUGAAAUUGGUCUGUUCCAGUGAUGCUCCUGAAACCAUACUAUUUUAAAUCUUCUUCUGCCUUUUAAAUCCAGAAUAAUUUAACCAAAGUUAAUGCAUGCACUGAAAGAAUUCUGGAAGAAAUAAGAUGCCCAGCAGCUACAGUGAUAUGGCUUAAAUCUUUUUAUUAAAUG